AUGGCUGUCACCGAAUCAACAAGGGCCCAGGUUGUGGGGGCUCUGGCCUGUCAACGUAGCUCCUAUCUACGGACACUAGAGGCCGAGGUCAUCUCGUGUGAGAAACGGCCCCCUUCAACGGCCAGAAAGAAUGGCAAUAAGGACAAGUCCGCGGGCGAUGCUGUUAAUGGAGACACCUCCGAAACUUGGCUGAUUGAGUUUGCCGACUCGGUCCUUUUUCCUGAAGGCGGCGGACAACCAUCCGACCAUGGAACCAUCACUCCGUUAUCGAACCCAGGGGCGACUCCUAUCCUGAUUGAAUUCGUUGAACGUGUUGGGCUACGCUGCGUUUACCACUCACCUCAGCCCCUGGUACCUGGCGAAACAGUCCGCCAGGAGGUCGACUUCCAGCGUAGGUGGGAUCACAUGCAGCAGCACACCGGCCAGCACCUCCUCUCCGCCGUGAUGAACACCUACGACGACCUGAAUACCCUCGGAUGGGGUAUGGGGAAAAGCGGAGCUAUGAACUACGUCGAUCUGCCCCGCAAACCCUCCGAGGCCGAACUGCAGGCUAUCCAAGCCCGGUGUAACGACAUCAUCCGCUCGAGCGCGCCCAUCACCGUCGAGACGCCGGACGAUGCCAAGACUCACAAGAUGCCGGAAGACUACGACCAGGCCAAGGGGGUUGUGCGAGUAAUCCGCAUUGGGGAAAUUGACCGCAACACGUGUUGUGGAACCCAUCUCUCACAGACCUCGCACAUCUCGCUCAUUCUUGUCCAUCACGGAGAGCCGGUCCACGGCAAGAACUUCCGCCUCUACUUCUCGGCGGGCGACAGAGCCAUCAACCUCGCCGCGUCCUCCAUCAGCGCGAUGGGCACCAUCUCCAAGCUGCUGUCCAGCAAGAACACCGCGGACGAGGUGGUCCAGAGCGUCAAGGCCGUGCAGGCCUCGGCCGCGGAUCUAAAGAAGAGGGAGAAGAAGUUGCUCUCCGACAUUGCCGAGUUCGAAGCAGAGGCAGUCAAGGCCAGGCUGCAGACCAGCAAGAGCGUGUGGAUCCACCGCGCCGACGGCAACGCCGACUUUGUAAAAUGGGUCGCGGCCAGCAUCAAAGACGCCGUCAUGGCGUGUGGCGGUGUGGCUGUCGUGGCGACUGGCGAAGAGAAGAAGAGCGGGCAGCUCGUCGUGCUCGGAGAGAAGAGCAGCGUAGAUGCGGUGGUGCCGAAGAUAAAGGACAUCGUCACGGGGGUGAAGGGAGGCGGCGCUGGAGAUAAGUGGCAGGGCAAGGUUGGUGCGUGGGACAAGGAUAGCCUGGAGACACUUAGAAAGCUAGUCGAAGGCUCCAGUGCUUAA